GCGCAGUGGGUGCACCUGGAGCGCACGCUGGGACGGUGUUCAGCCACAGGCUAAGCUGUUUCACCUCGAUUGGACCAGGAGAAGAGCCAGACAGCAGACGGGAUCGUCGUUUGGGGCCAGGAGCAACGCAGCGACAGGCAGACGGAGGACGUCGAGCUGAUCGAACAACAGCAUCACCGCGGGCCUCGCCGUUUGGAGCGACAGCUGAGCAGCGCUGGGACGCGCAACGCUGUUUGAAGUUUUGUACUCUUUUUGAAGAUACUGAACUCUUUUCGAAGACAAUCUUUUGAAGACAAGAACAACAUAAAGCUGACAUCAACAUGCCUUUAAAGUUUGAACUGUGUCCCGGGAGGAUGAUUGGAGGCAACCAUCCGUGUUUUAUUAUCGCUGAAAUCGGACAAAACCACCAGGGAGACAUCGAGAUUGCCAAGAAAAUGAUCAAAAUGGCGAAGGACUGCGGUGCUGAUUGUGCCAAAUUCCAGAAAAGUGAACUGCAGUACAAAUUUAACAAACAUGCCUUAGAACGCGCCUACACGUCCAAACACUCUUGGGGGGCCACUUAUGGAGAGCACAAGCGCCACCUGGAGUUCAGCCAUGAGCAGUACAGGGAGUUGCAGAAAUAUGCAAAGGAGGUGGGAAUCUUCUUCACCGCCUCAGGAAUGGACGAGAUGGCAGUAGAGUUUCUCCAUGAGCUGAAUGUGCCUUUCUUUAAAGUGGCCUCAUUAGAUGCCGGCAACUUCCCCUAUUUGGAGAAGACUGCAAAGAAAGGACGUCCCAUGGUGGUUUCCAGUGGGAUGCAGUCCAUGGAGACGAUGCGUCGGGUGUACAAGACAGUGAAAGAGCACAACCAGAACUUUGCCAUUCUGCAGUGUACCAGCGCCUACCCUCUUGAUCCUGAGAAUGUCAACCUCAGAGUGAUCAUAGAAUACAUGAAGGAAUUCCCAGAUAUUCCAAUUGGAUAUUCUGGCCACGAGUCUGGAAUCAGUAUUUCAGUGGCAGCUGUUGCUUUGGGGGCAAAAGUCAUCGAGCGCCACGUGACACUGGACAAGACGUGGAAGGGAAAUGACCAUUCGGCGUCGCUGGAGCCCUCUGAGCUGGCCGAGCUGGUUCGCUCUGUCCGAUUGGUGGAGAAGGCCCUGGGUAGUGGCGUCAAGAGGAUGCUUCCUUGUGAGAAGGCAUGCUAUGACAAGCUGGGGAAGUCUGUGGUGGCCAAGGUGAAGAUCCCCAAAGGAACUGCCCUCACUCUGGACAUGUUGGCGGUGAAGGUGGCCGAGCCCAUGGGUGUAGCUGCUGAGGACAUCUUCCAGCUGAUUGGCAGGGUUGUCACGGAAGACGUGGGAGCAGAUGAGAGUGUCACACCAGAAGUGGUGGACAGUGAUACGAAGAAGGCUAAUUGUUAAUAUUUUUAAGACUGAAGCAAAGCACUUAAAUGAUGAGGACAUUAAUCAGGUGGGCGUAGUUUGGUGGGUGAUUUGUUUUCAUAUUUAGUUUCAGUUACCAGGAGCAAGGGAAUGGUAAUUGUCCUCAGCGGUGACACAAAGCCAGUUGUCUUUUUUACCUAAAGGCAACCAUGUACUAAAGAAAAAUAAGUCCGUAACAGGUUUAGGAUUAAUUAGCAGCCAAGGUCAUAUAAAGAAGAGGAGGUUUAUAAUUAGCCACUAUCUGCCUGUUAAUAAAAAAAUUAUUCAAAGAGUGUA